AGGCGGAGAGAUGGACGAAUGGCGACGGGGCUUGGCUGGGGAGCGGCCGGGGCGCCCCCGCGUGGACGGGCGGCCCCGACUGACCCGCUGACCCUCCGCAGAGCGUGAGGACCUCUGGCCGCCUUGACUGCCCAGUCUUUACCGAAUGUCCCUGGCUGCUUAUUGUGUCAUCUGUUGUAGAAGAAUAGGAACCUCAACUCAUCCAAAAAGCAACACAUACUGGAAAGAUAUCAGAAAUAUAAUAAAGUUUACUGGAUCACUUAUUUUAGGAGGCUCUUUAUUUCUUACAUAUGAAGUUCUGGCCCUGAAGAAGUCUUUGACAUUAGAUUCUCAAGUGGUAGAAAGAGAAAAAAUGAAGUCAUAUAUAUAUGUGCCCACAGUUCCUUUAGAUAAAAGAGAAAAUUAUGGACUCACCUACCAGGCAAGAAAAGAGCUUCACAAAGCAGUGAGAAAAGUACUGGCAACUUCAGCCAAGAUAUUACAGGGUCCGUUUGCUGACACUUUCAGCACAGUUGACGUGGAAGACCACGAGUGUGCCUCGUGGCUGCUGCUGCGGAGCACGAAGGCGGGCGACCGGGCGGAGCGAUGGCAGGCUGUGCAGGCCAUGUCGGAGGCCCGCCGCUGGCACGAUUACCAGUACAGGACAAUUGCUCAAGCCUGUGAUCUGAGAACUGUCAUUGGUCUGGCACGAAGCAGAGAGAGUGAUCUUCGCUUUUUUCUCCCUCCGCCUCCUUUACCAUCUUUAAAAGAAGAUUCUACCAUCGAAGAAGAGCUCAGACACUUGCUGGCUUCCUUACCCCGCACAGGCCUGGACGAGUGUGCCCAGUAUUUCACAGCUUUGGCUCUCAGCGAAAGCAGUCAGAGCCUGGCGGCUCAGAAGGGUGGCUUAUGGUGUUUUGGAGGAAAUGGACUUCCUUAUGCUGAGAGCUUUGGAGAAGUUCCUUCAGCGACAGGGGGAAUGUUCUGUUUAGAAGCUUUAGUAAGACAUUCUGAGGUAUCCACACAUUGUCAUAAAAUUGAAGCAUAUGGAGGCUUGCAACUCCUUCAGAGGCUGUACCAACUUCACAAGGACUACCCUAAAGUACAGAGAAACAUAAUGCGUAUCAUCGGCAACAUGGCUUUGAAUGAACAUCUUCAUCCGGCCAUAGUUCGCUCAGGCUGGGUCUCCAUCCUGGCAGAAGCGGCCAAGUCUCCACACAUCAUGGAGGCCUCGCAUGCCGCCCGGGCCCUGGCCAACCUGGACCGAGACGCGGUGCAGGAGAAGUACCAGGACGGCGUGUACGUGCUCCACCCCCAGUUCCGCACAAGUCAGCCCAUUAAAGCAGAUGUCCUUUUUGUUCACGGCCUUAUGGGAGCAGCGUUCAAAACGUGGCGCCAGCAGGACAGUGACGAGGCUCUAAUGGAAAAGGUUUUAGAUGACGAAAGCAGGUACACGACGUGCUGGCCCAAGUCGUGGUUAGCAGGCGACUGUCCUGCUCUCCGAGUUAUAUCUGUGGAGUACGACACCAGCCUCAGUGACUGGAGAGCGCGGUGCCCUAUGGAGAGAAAGUCCAUUGCAUUCAGGAGCAGCGAACUCCUGAGGAAGCUCCGAGCUGCUGGUGUUGGGGACAGGCCGAUGAUUUGGGUGUCGCACAGCAUGGGAGGUCUCCUUGUCAAAAAGAUGCUCUUGGAAGCCUCUCAGAAGCCGGAAAUGAGUCCUGUUAUAAAUAACACCCGUGGGAUCAUCUUCUACAGUGUCCCUCACCACGGGUCCCACCUGGCGGAAUACUCCGUGAACGUGCGCUAUCUUCUCUUUCCCUCUUUGGAAGUCAAAGAGCUCAGCAAGGACUCCCCUGCACUGAAAGCGCUACAGGACGACUUCCUGAAGUUUGCUAAGGACAAGAACUUCCAGGUGCUGAAUUUUGUGGAGACACUGCCCACCUCCAUUGGCAGCAUGCUCAAACUCCACGUGGUGCCCGUGGAGUCAGCAGAUCUAGGCAUUGGAGAGCUGAUUCCUGUGGAUGUUAACCAUUUGAACAUUUGUAAGCCAAAGAAAAAGGAUGCUUUUUUGUACCAGCGUACCUUACAAUUCAUCCGUGAAACUUUAGCCAAAGACCUUGAAAACUGACAGCUGUCUUCCAUUUUCCAUGUGAACACAGUGCAAGAACCGUGGUGUCCUCGUUGCCUCUCUCAGCAGCCGCGUGGACAGCGCCGCUCCACGGCGGUGUGGUCCGGAGCCCGCGGCAGACGACGGGUGCUCUGUAAGCACAGACACGCGAGUGGUGGUCAGAGCGCGAAGGGCGAGGCGCCAUUCCUUGGCUUUCAGGGGAGUCCAUGUGUGCCGGUUUCUGUUUCGUGGUGGUGUCCCCAGUGAGCGAGCUGCUCUGGAUGGAGAAGGGCUUUUGUCAUCUGUGGCUGCCUGUGACUUAGCUAGAGCACUGAUGGCUUCUGAAGGGAGAGUGAUCGUCAGCUUACAUAAAAAUGCCAUUUGGAGAAAACCCAGGAUGGAGAGGAGAAUGAACUAGAACAUAAAAGGUUCUGUUUUUGUUCUCGGUUUCCAUGUGCUGUAAAUUUUUACAAGCGUGUAAGUGUAAACCUUUGUCCAACAUGUUGUUAGACCUAUUGGCAUCCGUGGGUCAGUUCCUUGUAGGUUUUUAUUUUCUUAUUGCUGAGAACAAAUUUUUUAAAACAUCCAGCUUAUAGUCUUUCAGACUUUAGCUACCUAUUCUUGUAAUUUUCCCCAGAUAAAGUAGCUAAUCUAUUAUUGAUCAGUAUGAGGUAAAACUGUUUUAAACACUAUAUAUAUUAGCAAUACUUAGUAUCAAGAUUCUCAGAUUCUCUUUAGACUAAAUAAAAUGCACCUAUCUUUAUCAUUUGACCUCCAACAUGUGAGAAAUAGGAAAUCAUGUUGGUGACUUUUUUAAAAAAAAAUAACAGCAUUAUUGAGCUAUAAUUCCCCUACCAUAAAAUUCACACUGUAGAGUUCAUUGAUUUUUUUUUUUUUUUAGUAUUUUUACAGAGUUGAACAAUAAUCACUGCGAUUUAAUGUCAGAACAUUUUGUCAUCCCCCAAAUAACGCCAUAACCAUUAGCAGUCACUCCUUACCAUUUUGUCCCUGAGCCCUGGCAAACACUGAUCUACUCUGUCUCUAUCAAUUUGCCAAUUUUGGACAUUUCAUGUUAAUGGAAUCAUACACUACGUGCCUUUCUGUGUCUGGUUUCUUUCUCUUAGCAUGUUUUCAAGGUUCAUCCAUAUUUGUAGCAUGUGUCAGUACUUCAUUCCUUUUCACGUCUGAGUAAUAUUCCAUUGUACGGACAGGCCACAUUUAUUCAUUUAGUCAUCAGCUGAUGGGCAUUUAGGUCUUUUGCGAUUUUUUGGCUGUUAUGCUGCUCUGACGUCAUACACCUACUUUGGUGUGGAUGUAUGUGUUCCAUUCUCUUGGGUAUACACUAGAAAUGGAAUUGUUGGGUCAUAGUAAUCUUAUGUUUGCCACUUUGAAGGUGACGGACUCUUGCAGAAUGGAGAGUCAAAGCUAAAACUGGAGCACAGAGUCUGGAGGUGAAGUGGGCUCAUGAGUAAGCCCUGUCGACCUCUGAUUGUUUCAUUACGCAGCAACCUAACAGGCGUCUUAGCUGCUGCACUCAUGAUGUUAGGUAGGUGCAAUGAACGCCACAGUUAGCUAACAACAGAAAGUUAGCGACAGUGAGCGCUGACUGAUGGGGUGAUACGGGGAGAAGGGGUAGAUAGGUCUGGUUUGGUUCAUUUUCUUUUUCUGUUUCCUGUGAAUGGCGGCAGAUAAACCAUGGUUGAAAUAAUUGUUCAUUAACUUACUAGUAAUGGAAUGAAAGCCCACUCCUUAAAAUCUCAACAUAGCUAUUAUAGCUGUGCUUAAAAAUAAAGUCUGGGGGAGAGAUCCAGUGUAGAACUAAAUUACUAGAGAGUUUCAGGCAAGUCACGUAACAUUUCUUUUUAUUCUGCCUAUGAAAUGGAUAUAAUGUACACAGGGUCAGCACACCAGUUUUGUGAGAUUUAAGUCAAUGUUUUUAAAAUAAUCAUUACCUGAAAAACACAUUUAAGAACAUGAAGUAUGAAGAUAACAUGCACCUGGAAUAGUUUUAAACUUAGACCAGCAAUAAAAUGGUUCUCCAAGUUUAAUGAGCUCUGUUUAAAUAUCCUUUCUGGAAAACACUUUAAAUGAGGCUUCAUAUCUUGUGAAAAGUCACUUUACUUCCUUUUUAAACAAGAUCAAUUUAAACAAAAUACAGGUGUCACAAAACAAGCUACUGGAAGCAAGCUGUAAAUAAAGCUAGAAUGAAAAUGAAAAGCCAGUUACCCCUACUUGUACCUGAUCUGUUUCUUUAUCACAUGUCCCCCAGACCUACUGGGUCACAUUGUUCACCCUAAAUUUCCAGUGCACCGAGUCCUGUUUACCCCAGUGUUUAAGUUAAAUGUCACUAGAGAAAGAGUCAGAGGACUGCAAUACCUUUCUCGACAGCAUCUCAACCAUUCGCCCACGGUUAUGCCGACAACCGGAAUACGGUGGAGGGUGCAGGCCUCUGCUCGGCGAGAGUGCCUACGGGUGGUGGGCCCGGCCUGUACUUCCUGUUGAGAAAACAGUAAUACAGUGAUGUGUAUACUUCUUUUGAGCCUGGUUUAAAAUUCACAGUGUCCCUCAAAUUCUAAUUCCUGAAAUUGGAGUUUUAGGCAUAGCUUCCUGAAUUUUUAUCCGUUUGUAAUGUCAAAUACAUUGUAUGAUUUUGUUUUUAUUGACAUUUUGUACAAAAAUUAUGUCCAUGAAAAAAAUUUAAAAUGUUCAAUAAAUGUCACUUUCAAGUACUGACUGCAGCUGAUUGUGCCC